AUGGUGCACUUCUUACCCAUUGGCCAGCUUAUCAGCAGCAUCUUCCAUUUCUCAAACAAGAACACUGCUGGAAGUACUGCAGCAGCAGCCUCCACUGUUCAUGCCGCAACCACAUCAAGCGCAAUCGUCGUUGCCACUUCCACUUCCACAUCUGUUACUGCCGCUGCCACUUCGUCUCCCGCUGCUGUCCAAGCUGUUUCCGAUUGCCAGGCUUUAAUUCAAGCUUUGUCCUUCCCUGACCAACAGGUCACCGUUGUGGAUUGCGAAGACAUCACAGCUGGAACCGCUCUUACACUUCCCAAUGGACCUUCGAACUGCAAUGGCGGUUCGGUACAGAUCAAUCUUCGCAGAGUCACCUUGAACGUUGUCACCUCUUAUGCUUCUUCCAACUAUGUCGAGGUCUGGCUUCCCACUGGACAAGAUGCCUGGAAUGGACGAUUUAUGGCUACUGACAACAAAGGUCUCUCUGGUUGCCCUUCUUACGACGACAUGAUCUACACCUCAAGCCUCGGGUUCAGUGUUGUGGGAGACAAUGGCGGCCAUAACAACACUGAAUAUCUCGGUAUGGACGCACAGCAGUUUUUGAACAACAAUGAAUUGGUUAUCGAUUGGUCCUACAGGGCACGCCACGCUGCUGUCGUGGCUGGAAAGCAGGUCAUCAAGACCAACUAUGGUCAACCUGCAAGCUACAACUACAUGAUUGGUUGUUCCAAUGGUGGUCGUCAGGCUCUGCAAUCCGCACAAAUGUACCCCGAGGACUUUGACGGCAUCAUCGCAGGCUCUUCUGCUAGUGAUUUCAACCAUCACAUUGAUUGGUCUGGCAGAAUGUACGUACUGACCGGUGCAGACGAGAGCGACCCCAAGUACUUGAGCUACGAUGACUGGGUUGUUGUCCACAACGAAGUUCUGAAGCAGUGCGAUGAGCCUCUAGAUGGUGUCGCUGAUGGUAUCAUCGAAGACUCCACCAUCUGCGAUUUCAAUGCUACCACAUUGACCUGCCUCGAUGGCCAAACCGAAGAUUGUCUUACAUUCCAACAAACCUCGACCGUGUGGAACGUCUUCUCUCAGCUCUACGAUCAAGAUGGAAAUCUUUAUUACCCUCGACUUUCACCCGGAGCCGAACUCUAUGCAUCUACCAAUGGCGUCUUGCACGGUGUUCAAGGCCAUGUCAAGGACUGGUUUGGUGCGGGUGUGUGGAACGAUUCUUCUUGGGAUCCCUCAACACUUUCGCAAACAGACUACACGAAGGCUGAUGAGACGGAUGAGCUUCACGGCAGAGUGUCUUCUUAUAGUAGCGACCUCAGCGCCUUCCACGCUGCCGGAAAGAAGCUGAUAAUGUAUCAUGGCCUUAUGGACCCUGCCAUCACUGCGGAAAAUUCACAACGCUACUAUCUGAAUGUUGCUCGCGACAUGGGCCUUGACCACACUGGCCUCGAUGAGUUUCUCCGCUUCUUCCGCAUCAGUGGUAUGUAUCACUGCACUGGUGGAGUUGGGGCAUGGGCCUUUGGCCAGAACGGCAACGCACAGAAUGGUACCUCGAACGUGGUUUGGGACAUUGUCAACUGGGUCGAGAAGGGCGAGGCACCCGAUACAAUGACUGGAACCAAGUUCGUCAACGAUGACCCUUCUCAAGGCGUACAGAUGGAAAGGCACCACUGCAGGUUUCCUUACCGCACUACCUACAGUGGCUCGGGUGAUAGCAAUGAUCCGGAUAAUUGGAGUUGUGAGAUGAUCAACGACUGGCAAGAGUGCGGCGUCUACAAUGUCCCUAGACUAUGCUAG